CAGGAAAGCGGGAAAAGCACAGAACGGAACAGUCUACAAACUGAGGAAUCCAAGCUUCGAGUUCUAGUUCUAUCCUCUGAACUCUAGGGUUUUUGCUCGGUUCUUUUCCCUGCUUCUUUUAAUGGCCAACGUCGUUGAUCAAGAUCAGCAUUGGCUGCUCAAUUGUUUGUCUGCCACACUUGACCCCAACCAUGAGGUGCGAUGUUUCGCCGAAGCUUCAUUGACUCAGGCCUCCCUCCAACCAGGUUUUGGCACUGCGCUAUCAAAAGUUGCUGCAAAUAAGGAGCUUGCAGUGGGAUUGCGCCAACUAGCUGCAGUUCUCUUGAAGCAAUUUGUAAAGAAGCAUUGGCAGGAGGGAGAGGACACUUUUGAACCUCCUGUUGUUUCAAGUCAUGAAAAGGUGGUGAUCCGUGAAAUACUUCUAUUGGCAUUGGAUGAGUCUCAUAAGAAAAUCUGCACAGCUAUCAGCAUGGCUGUGGCAUCUAUUGCAGAGUAUGACUGGCCAGAUUUUUGGCCAGACUUGUUACCGUUCCUCCUGAGGUUAAUUGGCAAUCAGGCCAACUUGAAUGGAGUAUAUGGAGCCAUGAGGUGUUUGGCGCUUCUCUCUGCGGACUUGGAUGAUAAAAUAGUUCCAACACUAAUACCUGCUUUGUUUCCAUGUUUGCUCACAACUGUAUCUUCUCCCCAGAUAUAUGAUGCAUAUAUACGAAGCAAGGCCCUUUCAAUAGUAUAUUCUUGCACUUCCAUGUUGGGGACAAUGAGUGGUGUCUAUAAGACAGAAACGAGUACCAUGAUAAUCCCUAUGCUUAAACCAUGGAUGGCCCAAUUCUCUUCUAUUCUUGAAGUUCCAGUUCAAUCUGAAAAUCCGGAUGAUUGGUGUAUCAGAAUGGAGGUUUUGAAGUGCUUGAACAAGUUUGUCCAGAAUUUCUCAAGUCUCAUUGGGACUGAAUUUGAGGAAAUAUUGCGAUCACUGUGGAAUACAUUUAUCUCAUCCUUGAGAGUGUAUGAACAAUCAUCUAUUGAAGGUACAGAAGAUUCAUAUGAUGGAAGAUAUGAUUCUGAUGGUGCAGAGAAAAGCCUUGAUUCCUUUGUUAUUCAGAUGUUUGAACUUCUGUUGACUAUUGUGGGUAACACGAGAUUGGGAAAGGUGGUUGGGGCUAAUGUUAAAGAAUUGGUCUACUACACUAUUUCUUUUCUACAAAUGACAGAAAAGCAGGUUCAUACGUGGUCAUUGGAUGCGAAUCAGUUUAUUGCUGAUGAAGAUGAUGCCAAUUACAGCUGUCGUGUUUCAGGUGCACUUUUGCUGGAAGAAGUAGUUAAUUCUUAUGGCGGUGAGGGAAUUCUGGCAAUCAUAGAUGCUGCAAAACAACAGUACACUGAAUCUCAAAGCAGAAAAGUAGCUGGAAGUGCAAGCUGGUGGAAAAUAAGGGAGGCUACUCUCUUUGCCUUAUCAUUUAUUUCUGAGCAGCUGUUGGAAGCAGAGGAUUCAGGUCUAGUACCAAGUGGCUUUCAACAGCUGGUUGAGCAGAUAAUCACUGAGGACUCUCUAAUAGGUUCUCAUGAAUACCCGUUCCUUUAUGCUCGUAUUUUUGCUUCAGCUGCAAAAUUCUCCUCCUUGCUAAGCAGUGGUAUUCUAGAGCACUUCGUUGAUGCGGCUAUGAAGGCAAUUACAAUGGAUGUGCCUCCACCUAUGAAAGUCGGUGCCUGCCGUGCUCUCUGUCAGCUCCUUCCUGAAACAAAGAAUGAAAUUACCCAACCACAAUUGUUGGGUUUAUUUUCAUCUCUCUCAGAGCUGCUUUCUCAAGCAUCGGAUGAAACCCUGCACAUGGUACUUGAAACUUUGCAAGCAACAAUUAAGGCAGGUCAUGAAUCAUCAGCGUUUGUGGAGCCCAUUAUUUCUCCUGUUAUCCUUAAUGUAUGGGCAUUGCAUAUUUCAGAUCCCUUUAUCAGUAGUGAUGCGCUUGAGGUUCUUGAGGCCAUCAAAAGUAUACCUGGAUGUUUACGUCCACUGCUUUCCAGAAUUUUACCAUAUAUUGGACCUAUUUUAAGUAAACCACAAGAGCAGGCUGAUGGGUUGGUAGCUGGGUCAUUGGAUCUGGUAACUAUGCUACUAAAGAAUGCCCCUGGUGAUGUAGUGAAGGCAAUAUAUGACAUUUGUUUUGAUGCCACAAUCAGAAUAGUCCUUCAAAGCGAGGAUCAUAGUGAAAUUCAGAAUGCCACAGAAUGUUUAGCUGCUUUUAUAUCUGUGGGAAGACAAGAAGUCCUUGCCUGGGGAUCUAAUUCUGAAUCAACUAUGAGAAGUUUACUUGAAAUAGCUUCAAGGCUUCUAGACCCAAAUUUGGAAAGCUCUGGAUCUCUUUUUGUUGGGAGCUACAUUCUUCAACUUAUAUUACAUUUGCCGUCACAAAUGGCCGUACAUAUACAUGAUCUGGUUGCUGCUGUUGUCAGACGUAUGCAAUCUGCUAAAAUUGCUGCCUUGAGAAGCUCAUUGCUGGUUGUUUUUGCCAGAUUGGUUCAUAUGAGUGCUCCUAAUGUUGGACAAUUUAUUGAUUUGCUGAUCUCUAUUCCUGCUGAAGGUCAUGAUAAUUCCUUUGCUUAUGUAAUGUCAGAAUGGACUAAGCAACAAGGUGAGAUACAGGGGGCUUAUCAAAUAAAAGUUACCACGAGUGCUCUAGCCUUGCUGCUAAGCAGCUCACAUGUAGAACUGGCAAAAUUAAGUGUCCCAGGCCAUCUGAUUAAGUCUGGUGUUGGAAUAACCACAAGGUCAAAAGCAAAAUCAGCUCCAGAUCAGUGGAUAAUGUUGCCACUUCCUACAAAGAUAGUGGCUUUGCUGGCAGAUACCUUAAUUGAAAUACAAGAGCAAGUUUUGGCCGGUGAUGAUGAGGAUGAUGACUGGGAAGAAGUUCAAACCGGGGAUGACAUUGAAAAUGAUGAAGAAUUUCUAUCUUCCUUGUCUGCUGCUGCUUCAGGGAAACCCACAUAUGAACAUCUUGAAGCAAUAGCAAAAGCAUUUAAUGAGGAUCAAGAGGAUCAAUAUGAAGACAGCCUUUUAAGCAUUGCUGAUCCCCUUAAUCAGAUAAAUCUGGCAAACUACCUCACGGAUUUUUUUGGUAACUUGUACCAAAAUGACAGACAGUUAUUUGAUAACAUUUGCCAGAGCUUGACUCAGGCUCAACGAAAUGCUAUUCAAACGGUAGUGCGGAGAUGAGUUUUAAUAUGUGAUGAGCAUUCUGCGGUCUUCCUAAUGCUGCGUUGAUAAGACGACAAGUUACUUGAAAGAGUUUUUAAGGUGUUCGUUAUUAGAUUCUCCUCUCAAAAUAUAGCA